UUGACGUUUGUGUACACAUGCAAGAAGUGAGGUUAUAUCUGUAUUUUGUUACUCGUACAAAAAAUAAAUUAUAUUCGAAGUAAAUAAUCAACAUGGAAGCAAUAUGGAAUCAUAUGCAAUUAGAACGACCUCCAAAUGCAACUUGUCACGUUGAAAAUCAAAAGUUUGAUGCAACUAAAUUUUUGUUAAUGCUGGAUAAAGUUAUAAAAGAUUUAACAUGUCAAGAAUUAUUACACAAAGAAGCUGCAAUUCUUAGUAGACUAAUUUAUCGUAUGAAAAGUAAAUUUCGAAAUGAUAAAGGGGCCAAAUCAAUGUCUAAAUUAAAUAAAGCUUUGCUUAAAUAUUUAUCAUUGUCACUUCAAAAAGAAUAUAAGAAUUUAAAGAACUAUGUUGAAGUAAAUACAAAGUAUACUACAUUGCCAAGUAAACAAAUGAUAGAAUAUGUUUUAGUCAAAACACAGGGAUUUGCAAAACUCAUGUUACGUAUAGAAGAGGUUUCUAAAUACUCCGCACAUUUUCUUAAGUGUAGAAUAGGUUUAGGACAUGCAUGGUGUAUUGCUGUUAUUGCAUAUGCUGUUGUUAGCAGAAUAUGGUAUCUGAUUAAAAAUUCAUGUAUAUGGUAUAAUAAGUUGUAUCAGUACCUAAAUUUAUUUGAAGUCGUUGGAGUAUCUUGGCUCCCUAAAGACUAUGAAUUUGCAAAUGAUUUGAAAUCAUGGUUAUCGAUACCAUGGAUAGAUGAACCUAUCCCAAGUGUACCCAGUAGUUAUGGAUUAAAAAAUAUAAUGUUUAAAUUAAUUACCCCUCGUGGAUAUGAUUCAGAUGAAAAUGUAAUCAUUGAUAUACAAGAUUAUAGCAGGAAAACCAAAUCUGAAAAUGCAUUUCCUCAUAUGGAAGAUCAAAGUAUUGUACACAGUUCACUUUCAAAUCAGAGUGAAAAUGUUAUUUCUAAUGAUGAUAGAGGAGAAAUUAUAGAUCGUCGCACUUUUAAUUUAAAAUAUAUUCCAAACACACCAAUAAGUUCUAAAAAAGGCCAUGGGACAUUUACAAAAACUGAAGAUACAAAGGAAAAAACAAUAAAUAUUCCGGAUAAUAAACAAAAAUUGUAUUCCACAAAUACUGGAAACGUGUCUAUAAUCAGAAAAAAACACAAAAAUGAUCAAAUAAAGAAAAAAUUAAUUACUUUUGAUGACGCUAAUAAUACAUCGGAUUUAUUAAUACUUUUAAACAAUGAAUCAUAUCCUGGUUUGGAUAAAUUACGGUGGAAUAUGAUAAGGAAUAAAAGCAAAAAAUUAUUAGAGAAAUUAGAGAUUUGUUCUGACAAAAAAAAGCAGACUGUCUUGUUUCAAAAAACAAUGAAACGCAUAAGGAAUUGGAUUGUUUAA